UCGUGGUGUUUGGAUGUGAGGGAAUUUCGCGCGCUCUCUCACUAAAAUUACGUCGCUCGUAAAAUUGACGAUAUACAGAUGGAUUUCAGUGUAAUGUUAAACAGUUUUAAGUUUUAGCUCGCAAAUGGAGCAUUUUUAUGGAGUUUGGUGUGUGAUUAAAAUGUUUUAUUGUGACGGGAUUAUGUGAAAAAAGAUUUAUUGUGGUGUGGUUUGUGUCUAAUCCGUGUUAAAGAAUUCUGGGUAAUACAGUGUCUGUGCAGUAUAACAGGUACUAAAUGCAUCGCAAGUGAACUAAGUGAGAACAAGUGUUAGUGAUGUGCCAUAUGAAAGUGCUUAUCGAUAUCGAUAGAUACGACUUGUGUUGACAAUGCCGCUCUCGAGGUCACAUAUGAUAUCGAGUGUGCUCUGCACUAUUCUGCUGCAGUACUGCGUCGAGAGCCAACAGGAGAACCUUAUAGAAGAAGCAUCAUCAAUCGAGUCCCUACACGCACCGACAGGGGGUGGCGUGGAACUACCUUGUGACGUCACACCAGCGCUGCCUGACGAUCGGAUGGGGCUGGUCAUCUGGUACAAGCAGGGCCACGAGUCGCCUAUAUAUACAUUGGAUACUCGGGAGGGCGUGACGUCACACUGGGCGGACGCCACUCUAGGAGUGAGGGCCACCUUCCGGAGUGACACCAGACCUGCUGUACUUGUCCUCACUAAAUUAAGGCCUGAAGACAGUGGACAGUACCGAUGUCGAGUAGACUUCAUCAAAUCGCCUACCAAAAAUACUAGACUGAAUCUCACUGUGUUAAUACCGCCAGAACGGCUGAUCGUUCUGAACCACGAAGGCAACGAGGUCCGAGGUGGAGUUCUAGGACCCUAUGAUGAAGGGACCGAAGUGAACCUCACCUGCAUCGCUGUGGGAGGUCGUCCAAUAGCGCGAGUCUCGUGGUGGAAGGCCCACGCACUGCUCGCCAACUCCGAGGCGAGGGCUACCGUCUCAUUCAGGCUGCAGAGGUCUGACUUCGGCACUGAUGUAACCUGUCAGGCCGUUACCGACCCUCUCAUAGCUCCAGUUUCAGAAAACAUAUCGAUUGAUGUCAACCUGAGACCACUCUGGGUCCGUCUUCAAGGUGGCAAGCGACCUCUUGUGGCUGGCCAGAGCACCGAGCUGGUCUGCCAAGCUGUGGGAGCCAGGCCGAAACCAACCAUAUCAUGGUGGAAAGGAGGAACCAGGCUAAAAACUGUUAGAGAAACGACCUCUACAGACGGUAACGUAACUAGCAGCAUCUUGACGUUCGUGCCAACGAUAGAAGAUGCUGGCAGGGUGCUGUCCUGCAGAGCAGUGCAGCCCAGUCUACCACAUUCUACGCACGAAGAUGGAUGGAAGAUGGAAAUACAACAUUUACCGGUAGCCAAACUGGAGCUGGGCGCUAACCUGGACGCCAGCAAGGUGGUGGAAGGAUCAGAUGUCUACCUGGACUGCAGAGUACGAGCCAACCCAUGGCAUAACCAUGUCUACUUCACGCAUAAUGGUGUGGUAGUAAAACCAGGUCCUGGAGUCCUACUAGCCAACCAGAGCCUGGUGCUCCAGCGAGUGUCUAGAAAAGCGGCUGGUGCCUACGUGUGUUCAGCCAGAAACGCUUUGGGUGAAGGAUCUUCGGAAAACCUCAUUCUGGAUGUGAAAUUUGUGCCAACCUGCAAGUCUACACAACCGAUCGUGGUGCGGGCAGCCAGAGGGGAGAUCAUUGAGAUCGACUGUGAUCUGGACGCUAAUCCAAAGGAGUCAAUGUCAUACCAUUGGUGGUUCAACAGUUCUGCUCACAGCAAACACGAGCUCACCACGUCACCGAUGACCACCAUAACCAAUUUACCAGGUACCUACGUGUACAUGGUAAACACAUCAUCAGACUAUGGCUGGGUGCAGUGUUCGGGAACCAACUCCGUGGGACGGCAGACGAAGCCGUGUCUCUUUCAUAUAUUACCAGCAGAUAAGCCGUCGACACCAAAAUCCUGUGAGAUUACCAACGUGACAUACGACUCUUUGACCCUGAACUGCACACCAGGACAUGAUGGCGGGAUCCACCAGUCAUUCUUAUUAGAAAUCUUCGACAUGGCAACAGGGUUGCUUCUCCGAAAUGUAAGCAGUGAUGACCCAGAGUUUGAAGUGGCAGGGUUGUCAGCGAGCAAUUCUCUAGCAGUGUCCGUCAGAGCAUUCAACAAGAAAGGAUAUAGUGAAGCGUUAACCUUAACUUCUAGUUUGCUGAAAUACCCUCAACGGCAUACAGUUGUUGCAGCUCAAGUGCCUGUGAAGGUGGAACUAACAACAGUGUUGAUCAUCGUGCUGGGAGCUGUUGGAGUCAUCGCCGCCAUGACAGCUGUGCUAGCUAUUGUGUUCUGCUGCAAAUACUGUAAUAAACGAGAGAGGAAAAAUGAAAAGGACAAAAGACAACAAGAUGAAACCUCAAAUAUACCGUUAACAGGAACCAAGGAGUCGGAAAGCGUUGAUAGUCUUGAUAAAAAUCCAGACAUCAUACCCCUAGACGGAAAAAUCAGCGACAGCUGCUCAAAUAAAUCUUCUACAACCGACUACAGCUCAAUAAGACCACUCAUAUCAAAAACUACGGACAAAUAUGAUUUGUCCACAAAUUGCGAUCGAUUCUAUGAUCAUAACAUUGAUCCUUGCAACCAAUACAUACAAGUGCGUCCCAUGGAAUAUAGACGACCAACAUAUGCGCCAACUUUGCAAAUGCCCAAUCUUGGGCCGAGUAUACAAAGUUUGGGACCAAUGAGCAGCUUGCAUAUGCCAAAUGUUGGACCCAACGAUUGCCACAGACAGCCUUAUGAUAAGGUUUACGAAGAUUGGUUGAAGUAUAAGAAUGCUUUGCCGUUGAAUACCAGUGGGUUGCUACCAGCAGAACAGCUAUUACCACCAGAAUUAUACGCCACGCCACCUCCACCGUCUCUCUACAGCAACCCAAACAGAAACCCUUUAAACCUGACUCAAAUGCCUGAGUUAGAACCUAGAUACCACUUAGAGCCUAGGUCUCUAGCCAUGGACUCCAGGAGUUGUUCCAGCUCGCCGCCUGUGAGAUUCAACCCUGAGAAUAAUAGCGUAUACUUCAGUAAAGGCGUGCUGGACAGAACUACCAAUACGCUGCCACAUUUGAAACCUACUAGGAUUAAUGGAAACUCCCCAACACAGCUGCAGAGUGAUCCAAAAACUGUCACAAAAUCCACGGACACUUCGCUAGAACCAGUAAAAAUGGCGAAAGAGUGUGAAUGAGACAAAAAGUACUAGAAAGGACUGUAGAUCCUUUCAAAUACUUCACAAAAAUAUGGACAAAGUGAAUCAAGUGUGGACUAGGUGAAAUGGCCUCGUGUUAAGGCCAAUGGCCUAGGAAUUAUUGGCCUGUGUGCGUUUUAAAGAUGUUGAGUGUACUUUAAUGUGUGAUAAACAGUCUUCAAAAUCGUUUUUGGACCUUUGGACCCGUCCGUUGUGAUUUUAUUAUUGAUUUUCUACUAAAAAACGUGAUUUCUGUUUUUUAAAAUUGAUUUA